UCUCAUACUCAGUCAAGUACUUCAAUUUAACAAUCAAUAAUUCAUGGAGUGCCGGAGAAAGCAAAGUGAAGUACAUUAUUUAAAACGUUAAAUCUGUUGUUUUCAGUUACAAGAUAUGAACUAUACAGUAUGCCGAGACUGACGAUUUAUAAAAUAGCAAUAUUAUCAUAUCUCCUGAUUGUGUCCUUUUAUUCACGAAACAAUGAUGGAACAGGUAGGGUAAACGCUGAAACGACGAUUACCAUGGCAACAACUACAGAUUACCAAAGCAAUACAACGUAUACCUUAACAACAGCAAAAAGUUUAAAUGACACGAUAUAUGCAACCGAAACAGAAAGUACUACAGAACCCACGACAGAAACAGAUGACAUUACAACUGAAUCAGUCAUAACUGAGGCGGAAGAGCCUUCAACCGAUGUGGUUGAAACAGAUGAACCCACGACAGAAACAGAUGUCAUUACUACUGAAUCAGCCAUAAUUGAAACACAUGAACCUACGACUAAUUCAACCAGCUACCCAUCAACAAGCACACAGCGACUCACUAGUCCUAAUCGUACAACGAAACCUACCCCAACCACCUACCCAUCAACAAGCACACAGCGACUCACUAGUCCUAAUCGUACAACGACACCUGCCCCAACCAUCUUCCCUUCGACAAGCACACAGCGAUCCUCCUCAAGCACCGAACGCAUUCAACCAGCCAACACAACGACUACAGUGUCAACCACACCUCCACCAAGCAUACCUCCCAUUAUUACUGGUCUCGAACUUUCUAUGGAUGGAUUGACAAUCCAAUUGACAGGGUCGGAAUUUUAUGAAGAACUCAAUAAUGGAUCUUUAGGAUUGUUCGAUGAUUUAGCAUAUGAGGUUGAGUGGUUCUUACUGCGGUCUGAUCAUAAUGGGGGUCUAGAUUUGUAUGGCGAUCUCCUUCAUUGUGGUGUUAACAAAUUUAUGAAUGGAAGCAUAAUAGUUGAAUUCGACCUGGUAUAUGAACUCUAUUCCGUCAACGUAUCACAAGGAAUACAGCCACUCAAAGACCAUGUUUCUGAAGUCAUACUAUCAAUGGGAGAUAAAUCAUUCUUCGCGGAUAGUAUUUGGUCCAAUUUAACGGUUAAUAGUACGUACAGUCUAGAGGUUACAUCUAGACAAAUUCAAAUGGUCAGCUUGUGCAAUAACAAAGGAAACCUUCUCCGAUGCGACCAUGGACACAGAUGUCACGAACACAACGGCGUCCCUGGUUGUUAUAGUUUAUGUCAACCUACACCUUAUGGCACAUGGACUCCUGAGAGUUGUAAUGAGGGAACUUGUUCUUUGAGUGACGCCACUGACCCCUCUGCAAAUGCAACGACUGUUUGUAGGUGCAAUGCUGGUUUCUUCCAACUAAGCGGCGAAUGCAAUUCGUAUAUUCUGAUAGUUGCUAUUGUUGCUGGAUGUUUAGGUGGAGCUGUGCUAUUAUUAAUAAUCAUAAUCAUUGUUUGCGCCAUCAAGAAAAGGUCUAAACCUGGAAUUGAAAGCAUGGAAAUGAUGCAACACAAUCCGGCAAGCGAUGGGACACGAAACGACCAUGAUGACAUUGACAGGAGACGACCUCCAUUUGACAGAGAAGUGUCAUUGUAUUUUGUCAACGAUGCGCAUUCUGAAGACGAACAUAGCAAAGAAGAUGAGAUGCAACCGAAGUACGACCUGAGUAACAGUCUAAGAAUUAGACUCGAGAAAGAACACAGUGGAUUCUUCCCACCUCUGCCUAUGGACGGCACCGACAAACGGAGCAAUACGAAUUGAAACAUUCCUGUCACCUUUCAAAAAGAUGCACGGCCCUCCUGUUUGAUCAUAUGGUAUAUAUUAAAGAUUCGAACAUGACUGUAUUCAUGCCUUCUAUAAACUGUGAACAAAGUCAAUAUUUCACCCGGGUUAUA